CGAACGUGUUCAAAUGAUAAGAAGACUGAUCAGCUUAUUGAUAUAAUAUUCAAACAUUUUUUCACAAUUUCUACGCUACCUAUACUAUAGUCUAUAAUACAUAUCUGUUUUAGUUUCACUUGACAUCUUCCCGUUGACUAGUAAAAAGUUCUUUUUUUCGUAACAUAUCGCAUCAAUCGUAUACCGAACAUGUCGUCCAAACAAAAAGUGUGCAUUUUAGGAUCCGGAAAUUGGGGUUCAGCAAUAGCAAAAAUAAUUGGUUCAAAUGCAGCCCGUUUGGAUUCUUUUGAUUCCUGUGUUAAAAUGUGGGUUUAUGAAGAAAUAAUUGAAGGAAAAAAAUUGACUGAAAUAAUUAACACCACCCAUGAGAAUGUGAAGUAUUUACCUGGAAAAAAACUCCCUGAGAAUGUGGUUGCUGUACCCGAUGCUGCUGAAGCAGCCAAAGAUGCUGAUAUUUUAGUGUUUGUUGUUCCUCAUCAAUUCAUACCAAAAUUGUGUUCUAGCCUUGAAGGGUUCAUAAAACCUACUGCUACAGCACUUUCUUUAAUUAAAGGAUUUGAUGUAGCAGAAGGUGGUGGAAUAGCUCUGAUUUCACAAAUUAUCCAAAAACAUUUAAAAAUUGAAGUCUCUGUACUAAUGGGUGCUAAUUUGGCCAAUGAAAUUGCUGAUGAAAAAUUUAGUGAAACCACUAUUGGAUGUAAAGAUAAAAAAAUUGGACAAAUUCUUAAAGAUGUAAUCCAGACUGACUAUUUCCGUGUUUCUGUUGUCGAUGAUGUUGAAGCUGUUGAAGCUUGUGGUGCCCUAAAAAAUAUUGUGGCUGUCGGAGCUGGUUUUAUUGAUGGUUUGAAAUUAGGAGACAACACUAAAGCAGCCAUAAUACGUAUAGGUCUUAUGGAAAUGAUUAAAUUUGUUGAUACAUUUUACACUAAUGCUCGACUUAGUACAUUCUUAGAAUCAUGCGGAGUUGCUGAUUUAAUCACUACAUGCUAUGGUGGUCGUAAUAGAAAAGUAUCUGAAGCUUAUGUGACAUCAGGAAAGACAAUUGAAGAACUAGAAAAAGAAUUGUUAAAUGGACAAAAACUUCAAGGACCAAUCACAGCAGCUGAAGUAAACUUUAUGCUCAAAAAUAAAAAUAAGGAAAAUGAUUUCCCGUUGUUCACAACUGUCCAUAAAAUUUGUAUUGGAGAAUUAAAGCCUAGUGAUUUAAUUGAACAAAUGAAAUUAAAUACCAGCAUGUCUGACAAAUUAAAUCUGGACAAAUGUAACCUAAAAACUGAACAAGCUGGUGGAGAAUAAAUGAGAUAGUUGUAUUCCGACAUUGUUAGGUUGUCAUUCGGUAUGACUUUAUUUCUGCAAGAGUUAGAUAUUAUGUUAACACAAUUAAUUCUCACAAUGCACAUCUAUGUCAGCCUGUCUCACAUCUUUCUUGUUAAUGUUAUAUAAUGUAGAAUUAUUUAUUUGUGUCACAUGUAUCAUUUUUAAAUGUUAAUGGCUUUUUUUUUGCACUACCUCAAACAAAAAUGCACCAAUUUUAAAUGUUACCAAAUUGUAUUGUAUUAAGGCAAUCAAAAUAUAGAUAUAUACAUAGGA